AUUUUUGAGAAUCAAUCGUUGUCGUACCUGCGAGAGACCGGUAGACAAAACGAAAAGCACUCGCACGGAAUUAAAGAAUACCGCCGGCCGCCGGGAUCCCGAUUGAAAUUGAACGUGAUCAUCGGGCUUGCUCGUGGAGGCGGAGGGGCCCCACGGCAGGUGAUCGGACGCGAUGAUGGCCAGAAAGUGCGGUCGGAGGGGUUGUGUGUUGGCCAAGGGCGCUUUUUCACGAAGCUAAGAGACAGCACGACUCGCAUGAUCGUCCCGAGCGGUUGUGGUUUCCAAUCUAGGAACGACGAGAAAUGAAGCAGCUGUUCCAGAUCGGACCCCAGUUUUUGGGGUCGGGUCGUGUGAUCUUCGCCUGGCAGCCCAGCGGGAACCUGGUCGCGGUUGUCGGGGAGGGACAGCGCAAUGUGUUCCUGUUUGACCGCACCGGGUCCGAGGUGGUGGCGGAAAUCGGAUUGAAGGCCCUCGGUGCGUCGGUCACCUUCCUGGAAUGGGACCCGGAUGGCGAGCUGCUUGCCAUUUUGCAGCAGGGAGAGCCGGCUGUCCUGCUGUACUCGGUGGCCACCCGGCGGACCGAGGUGUUAGAGGUGAGUUCCCGCGACCCGAGUUUCUUGACCUGGGGCAAGUCCGGAGUCACGCUCGCGAUUGGCACGGGCAAGGGCGGGCUGCUGCUGUACAACAAGCGAACGAUGAAGAAGCAAACCAUCCUGGGGAAGCACAGCAAGAAGAUCACGUCGGGCCAGUGGGCGUCGAUCUCUGGCGCCGCUGGUGGGCAAGGUAACAGUCCCGGUGGGGGGCAGGGUGGUCACAUCCUCGCUUUGGGGUCCGAAGACAAGAAUGUGACGAUUUCCAAGGAAGACGGGGACUCGCUGGAACAAACGCAGGUGCGCGCCGAGCCGGAGCAGCUGCAGUUUUGUUCGCCGGCGUCGACGUCCAGUACGUCCAGCAGCUCGUCCGGGGGUGCGCAAACAAACGUUUCGUUUUUGCAGAACAAAAAGAGCCUCGUCCUACUGAAUUGGAAGACGUCGCAGCUACAGGAGCAGACCUUCAGCGACAAGUUCGGCCAGAUAACAAGCUACGUCUGGUGCGGGUCAACAGCCAUCGUGGGGUUCGCGUCCGGCCACGUGUUCGUGCUCGAAAGUAUCGGGGGCCAGGCCAAGGUAUAGGUAGAAGAGUUCUACUUGCUUGGUUCCUUACCUUACAGAGUACAUACGAGUUGGUACAACUCGCGCAUCUACAUCGGCAACUUCGUAGUGAUUAUACAGGGAAACAUGUGUAGUUCGACGUGCUGUUUCCUUGCGAAGUAGUGAUCGACAUCAUCAAAAUGAUCACUACAGGAAGAGGUGAAGCUUCAUGGCGCAAGCGUAAACCAGCUGUCCGGCAGUGUGGACGGUCUGAAGGUCGCCUCUGCGUGCGGCGAAAAUGGGGAGAUCCGGUUUUUGGACGCCAGGAAUUGGCGGGAGCAGAAGAGCUCGCGGAUUCAGUUCCAGCCCGAGGGCCGCACGACGCAGCUGCACUGGAGCGACGAUGGGCAGCUGUUUACGUUCGCGACGUCCAAUGGCUACUUGUACUGCUACCUCGCGAAACUCACCAGUUUGUCCAGCGUGUGCGGCGACCGCCUCUGCUACCUUUCCAGUUUGAAGGAGAUUACCGUGGUCAGCGCCAAGAGCGUGAUCAAGAGCGCGGGCGCGCAGGGAGAGCUCCAACAAGGGAGCAAAAGUAGUAAAGUCACUUGCGCCGUGGAACCCAGCUUUCUCGCCCUGGGACCCCGUCACGUGUGCGCCGGCAUGAACAACCGCAUCUGGUUCUACGCCUUGGCCGACGGGCGCCAGGUUUUGGAACAGGAACAGGUCGGCACGAUCGAGGCCGUCGCACUGUCCAGCACGCACGCGGCGAUCUGGAUCGACGGAAAGGUGUCGCUGAACAAACUCCCCGGUAGUAGCUCCGGCUUUGAUCAUGCGAAUGUCGCGGGCGCGGGGGGAAGUGCGGGCGAGGAACAGAGCAUCUCGAGGAUAUUUCAGAAGAAGGCACUGGCCCCGAUGAUUGCCUCCGAUUUUCUGAUUUACGUCGCGCUGCCGAACACCGUCGUGCACUAUUCGCUGCAGGACCACGCGGAGGUGAACGAAUUCAAGCACAACAUUGCGGUCAAAGCGGUCUAUCCCAACGCGAACGGGACGCGGGCCGCGCUGCUGGACACGGGAGGGAAUCUGAUGGUGUACAGCCCGGUGUCCGAUGAGUGCGUUCAGGUCCCGUCGGCUCCGCAGCAGCUGCAGCAGUUGCUUUGGGAUGUCGUGGAACCAAACUGCUUUCUGGCGCACGACGGGCAAACCAUACACGUCUACUACUACGUGUCACACCACCGCGACGGGACCCUAGUGCGGAAACUCGCGGAAGAGUACUCCUUCAGCAGCGGGAUGUCGGGAGGGUCAUCGGGCGCCGGCGCAUCGGCGUCCUCCUCCUCCUCCUCGUCCAUAAGACCGAAAUCAGCAGAGGCCGAGACGAUGCAAAUGCCUUCCGACGUGCGCCUACUGAUGCUCUACGACGGCAGAGUCAUCUGUCAGUCCACGUCAGGAGCGCUGGAAAGCUUCCCACUGAAAACGCACAACUCACUGGUGCGCGGUGUGUGGUUUUGUUCAUCUCUAUGUUGAUAUGUGCUGACAGUGAUAUGGUCGUUCGAGGAGCAGAGUUCCCUCAUGUUCGCUCGCCGUAGUUUCGUUCUUCGCACUAGUUUUCUACUUUUUGCAGUGCCAGUGCCUAGUGCCCCCAUCAAUCUCUGCCACGCAUUAUCAUCCCCAGGUGCCUUUCGACCAGGGAAUGCUCGAGAAAUCCUUCUACCAGAACCUCGCCCUCAACAGGCUACAGAGCGCUUACAAUUACGCAGCACAGCUGCGGCAGAAGCAGUACUGGCAAGCGCUGGGCUGGUUUGCGCUCGAAAACCUAGACGUCGAGGUAGCGCAGAAGGCCUACGCGCGAUUAGCGACCGAACCUGGAAUGGUUUUCACCCUCCAAGACCUGGCAGAGAUAGAAUCCAAACAGGAGCUUUCGGGUAUUCUUGCAUUGUCUACGUUCAACACACCAGAAGUCUUGAAGUUAUUUUUGAUCGACAUUGAAAAUGUAGUAGUAGUUUGGUUCCACGUAAUACGUGUCUGCUAAUUUGUUCGCAAGUCGACCUGCACUUCAGCAAGCGCGUUUCUUCCACCUACGAUAUAAUCAGGUCACAUUUAUCAGCUGAGCGGGCAGUUUCGCCAAGCGCAGGAGACAUGGCUGCGCGACGGGGGUGUUUUCGGUGGGGAUGCGCUGCUGAUGCAAGUGGAUCUGAUGAACUGGAGCGAGGCUAUUCCCCUGGCGGAAGCGUAUGCGCCCUACAAGCUGCCGAUCAUCUACUUCCGAACCGCGCGCCAGCUCGAGCAAAAGGGCGAGUACCAAGGGGCGGUGCAGUACUACCAACAGAGCUUGCUGCGUCCGGACAGCGAGGGCGGGGACUCGUUUCUUAUCGCCAAAAUCGACGCACACAACGAAGAAGUGCAGUCGGGUCUCGCCAGGACAUUGCUUCGUACAAAAUUUUUUUCGACCAACGGCUUUGAUGGCUCAUAUUCAUUUUGUUGGCGAUGCUACUGCCUGCUGUUCGAAUCUUCGUACAGCAAUAGGAAGAACGAGGUUCUUUUUUGCUUUCAACAAGAACUGCUUUAAUGCAAUGAUGGCACGCAGCCAUUCAUCGAACUCAGGAACCGGCGACAUCGCGACUGGUAUACGGCUUGCGCGUGAGGUCGGAAAUAUGAACCUAUACAAGGAGUGCGGCGCGCUUUUGGAGUCAAUCAAGCACAACGUAGAGGCGGGGCAAAUGUACGAAAAAGCAGAAAACUACGAGAAGGCAGCGUAAGAUUUGAAUUUUGUGGUCUCCUUUAUGGUUUGCUUUUCUUCUUCUGCGGCCUAGGAUGUUGACCCAACAUCAACUAAUUAUGUGGUGCACAAAAAUACUAAUACAGGAUGCUCUACAUCCAAGACAUGAAUUUCGACGCUGCGACGCCUUUGCUUGGAAAAAUACAAACGCCGAAGCUUUUCCUGCAGUAUGGGAAAGCUAAGGAAUCUCGGGGGCAGUACAAAGAAGCGCUCGAUGCGUACGAGCGAGGCAAGGACUACGAAGCGGUCGUGCGCCUGUUACUCAACCACCUUGAGCGACCAAGCGAGGCGUUUCAGCUGGUACUUCUUUCUUUGUGUAGCCGUAGAUACUUUGACUUACGUCAGUGCAUUGAAGAGCAACAGUGCGAUUGGCAAAAGAUGAAAGUGGCAAUAAUCUUCACGACCCUCUGAUCGUGUUUGACUUCUACUUUUACUUGCCCUCUAACUCUGAGGUACGGGAGACGCGGCUACAGCAGGGAGCCGAGUUGAUCAGCGAAUACUGCAGGAGAAGAGGGGACAUUCGCAGCGCGAUCGAGUUCUUGCUGAUCGGCAACAGCAGCGAGGAGGCCUUCCAGCUAGCGAGCACGCACGACGAGAUGGAAACUUUCGAAACGGUGCUGAGCACCAUUCACCUGACCAUCGCCGACGAAUUCCACAAGAAGAUAGCGCAGUACUACGAAAACCGCUCCCUGCUGAGCAAAGCCGCUCAGCACUACGCCAACUGCUCUGACGGCGUCGAGACCGCGCUCAGGUGUAGCUCUAGGAUGAAGGAGAUAUUUUUGCUUCAAAUUAACAUCAAUGUGUUGAAUGAUUUAUUAUCGGGAUCCUGCGAGCAUGAAAAAGAAAAUUAGUUCUAUCGAUCUUCACCAAAAAUUUCAAACAGGCUGUACCUGAAGAACGGUAGUGAUCCUGAUUUGCUUGCCGCCAUCGAUGUGGUUGGCAAGGCCAGACAGGAGAGGCUUACGCACGCCCUCAUCGACUACUUGAUGGGCGACAAUACGGCUAUCAACAGCUCUCUGGCAGCCAACAGCACGCAGCGGUUGGGACCCGUGGCGCCAAAAGACCCACAAUACGUCUACAAACUUCACAAGGCGCUCGGCAAUUACGAGCAAGUAUAGAUAAGCACGAAAGUGGCCUUUACUGUGAUGGUUGAUUUUGAUAGAUUUGAUGUAGUGCUGUUGCCGCGCAACAGCAAGAACUUUGAAGUUUUUGAUACUGGGACGUAGAUUUGACAAGAAUCAGUCAGGUGCUACUUGAAAGAUAACCACCAAACAAUCGUUUGCAACCCAGGCGGCGAAAACAGCAUUGGUAAUUGCCAAGCAGGAACAGGAUAGCGGAAAUUACCGAGUAGCACACGACCUGAUGUUCUCUACUUUUCGCGACCUUGGCGCACAGGGUUUGCCGAUUCCGCUCGACUUGUACCGCAAACUCGUGCUACUGCACAGUUACGUAAUAGUGAAGCGCAUCGUGAAAUCGGGAGACCACCUGAACGCCGCGCAGAUGCUGCUGCGCGUCGGCAACAACAUACAGCAGUUCCCCGAGCACAUUGUCCCCAUCCUGACCAGUGUGGUGAUCGAGUGCCAGCGCGCCAAUCUGAAGGAGGACGCCUACACCUUCGCAGUCAUGCUGAUGAGGCCGGAACACCGAUCUCAGGUCAGCGAACAGUACAAAAGGAAAAUCGAAACGAUUGUGCGGAAGAAGCAAGGGAGCGGUAUUCAAUCAUUUAAUCUGGCUGCGUGAGUGGUCGGUCUUGGUGCUUGUAUACGUGGAGGUUUUACCUUUCUUACCGGAUCACUCAUCUCUAUUGAGUUUUUACUAAAAUGAGAAGUAUGAUUUUUUCCGCUGAAAUCAAACUAAAUUUCCGAAAAUACCCACAGAGGACGGCGGGCAGCAGACUGUUCCGCACGCCGAGUGUCCGCACUGUGAAACGAGUAUCCCGCGCUCCUCCAUUGAGUGCGCGCACUGCUUGAACAUUCUGCCCCUCUGCAUCUACUCCGGUCUUUUUGUCACACGGGAGGACUAUUCUUUUUGCCCCAAGUGCCGGUUUCCGGCCCGGUACACGGAGAUUACGAAGGCCGCCGACGAUCCGUGCCCGAUGUGCGGCGCGCAAUUCCUGUCCCAGGACUUGGAGCUUGUGCGUGACACACUAUCCGCCCUCACGGAAUUCAACGACCAAUUUAAGAAGGGAAAGGUUGCGGAGGACCUCAAAAAGAUGAAGUUCGUGGCGCAGGAUGCACCGGAGAAAUAGAUAUAAUCUCCGGUUGUAGGGGGUGGAUGUUGCGGAAAGUUUUUGUACAAGACUCGCGCACCCGCAACAUUGCACCUCUCUGUGCCCUCUUGUAGGAGCUUCAUCGUUGCUACAUCACUAGCAAGUGAAUUUGGGUGUUAUGAUUCCUUGUUGUAUGUCCGGUUUCAGUUAUGCGCGCAUAGUAGUUUUUUGCAAUCAACAUCAAAAAGCAAAACGUCCAAGUUAAGUGAUAAACCGUCCUUCAAAUAAGCUACAGUGAUAAAGUCAAAGCUGUCAAAGGCGUGCAGGCUCCCUUCUGUGGUACUCACUAACUGUGUGUGCGUUUCGUUCUACUUGUGCGGACCGCAUUUGCACCCAAGUACUUACAGGAGCACAGCUACAGACACGCCCAAUGCGAGCUGUUGGGUUUUUCAAAGACUCUUGCAGAACGUUCUCCUGGAAUAGUUUUCCUUGGCGAGAAAUGCAAAUGUGGUAUUAAAGUUCGAAGGCAUUAUCCGAGCCUUCUCGUGCGUCUUCGUGUUCGAUGUUCAGUUUCUCUUUAUGGCGCGCGCUGUGGUAGUUGACAGAUUGCUGAACGAAUGCUGCCCAUUGCUGCUAUGCGUUAGGCGAACACCUUCGCCACGGUCGCCCACUUCAGCAGGCAGCGCCUGCAGACCUUGCGCGCAAAGGCUGGCCCCGACGCUUGCGCAGACCACCAACGUCGUGGCCAAGCGGCUGGAAGUGUGCCACUUGUGUGCUGUUGAUACAUAGGCACCCCGAAAAGGGGGCAGCGGCGAGCCGUUUUUGCGACGCUGCGCACCGCAGCGCGGCCGGACGGUGCGCGUGCAUCCGCCAGGCCCGCGGCUUUCGGGCUGCCUCCUUUCUCCAUGGAUGCCGGCACUUACUUGCCCGGCGAGCAAGGCUUUCCGGGUCAGCCGGGACGACACGGGCGGGGCCGGAGCUGCCUGAGCCGUCCGAAAGGGGUCACGGGGUCAAGGCAGAGCUGCGCAACAUGCUCGCAGAGGGCCCUUCCCUCAAGCCGUCCCAGCCACAAGACAAAACCCAGCAAAAGCGCGGCGGUUGUUCUGUGUCGGCGCCAGACUUCUCCGCGUGUUGUGAGGCUGCCGAGCCGUUCCGCGUUGUGUCGGUAUUGCUCGCACACCUGGCCGAGCGGUAUCGGGCAAGAAGUUUUUUGGGGAGGCCCUUGGCGGCGCGCCAACCACGCCCGGCACGGCUUGCAGCCCGGGGGGGGCGCGCGCUCUUGUCCCGUUCUGAUCCCGCGAUGUGUUGAGCGGUCCUGGAAGAAGUGGGCGGAGAAAGCCGCCAAACAACUCCGGAAGGGUGCGCCAGUGUUUGCUUCGCUGCCGGCGCUGGGGCGAGUGGGAUGGCGAGCGCAGGCGGGGGCAAAUCCCCCCGGUGAUGCGGCGCCCCCCGUGCUGCACGCGGCGGCGCUAGGGAUGGAAGAACUGGCCCCAUUGGGUAAAGAUGCCGCGCCGGCCCAGGGACGGAAAACUUCCAGGCGGAGAAGAUCGGCUGUCAGGCCUUUGCCAUUAGCCUGGGCGGCCGCGAUUGCGCAGCCCGAACUUCACGAGGGCGGGGCGCCGCUGCGUACUUAAACACUUAGGCGUCGCCCACAGCCAAGGAGCCCGGGAUGGCGUUGCGAAUCCUGGCGGCGCGGAUAGUGUCGGCGCACGCUUUGGGCGGCCGGCUGCGUGCGAGGAUACUGGCCGAGAGUCUUGGCCCAGACGUCCCGAAGGCUGUGGCCCGCCUCUCGCCCAAGGGCCUGCCUGGCUGCCGCAACGGACUUGGGGGGGGGGGGGCGCCAAUGUCGGGCGCGGCGGGCCCUCCCCGUGGCCCCGCCUCAGCUCGCCGCAGGUGGGUCGCUCUGUAUGCCGACGACCACACGCCCCACCUGCCGGCGCUGGGUCGGUCGCUUGCGCCUGCGGGCCCGCUGGUGGUCGGGCGGGGGUGGGGGCCCGCCGCGCUGGUUACUCUGUCCGCACGCAGGCAGACCGCCCCCUUGGGCAGACAGAUUCCGUCGCUGCGUGGUGCACAUGCGCAGGCGCCGUGGCUUUUAUUGCGAGCGUGUGCCUGCAGCCAGUAUUUACUCAGGCAACUUCGUAGCUGUAUGUUUGCAAUUGCACCAACCGUGAGGGCGUCCAGCUGCGCAGCUGUUCUCGCGUUUGCGUGCGGUAUCGGAGGCAGGGCUCAGUGUAUAAGUAUUAGUCUUGCCUGCGGACGUAUUUGUGUGUGUUCGCCGUGUGUGAUAUAUAGGAAUGUGUUGGGUUUCUUAUUCUUGUGUAUUCGUCUGCCUCUGAUUUAUUGAGCGGUGGCGCAUUUCACGUUAUCCUGCUCGAUUCUGCUUCUACCUUCAGUAGCCUUCCUUUCUUCGCCUCGUUCCUCAAUGAUACGUAGCUGCUGCACAUGUGAGCGCUGCUCUUCCGAUGGGUCGGCGCGGCCUAAAGCAAUAGAAGAAGUGAAUUGUCUUUGUCGUGGAUAGCGAUGGCGUUCGAAGUCUCGAGCGUUUCGUGAUAGUCGCAGCGGUCCGGCGUUCGUUGUGGGCAGUGGGGUGCCCACAUGGACCAGAAGCGUGGGACUUAGCAGCGUGCCGUGGUGCAGUCGCAAGAGCAGCGCCGCAGCCACCAGGACGCAGCUGAGUGACCACCAUGAGUGCUUCUGUGACUUACGAGGCCAUGGCUGCUGGCUGGUUUGCGGGGCUAGUCAAUAUCACGAUUGGCCAUCCCUUCGACACGGGAAAAGUCCGCGCCCAAGCUCGAGUCUCCGACAGCGAUGGUGGGAUCCGUCAGCUGCUGCGUUCGCCUUCUUCUGCAGGUACGGACUUCUGUCACCUUUGUGCAAGUAUGGAAGCACGCUGUCAAGGUAGUGCAGUAUGUAUGACAACCACAUGCAAAAAGUUGCUGGAUUGAUGCCAACGAAAAUUUCUCAGGUUCGAACAUCGGUAGCACUGGUUCGAGGGUUUUCGCGGGCGGAGGCCCGAUUCCGGCAGGAACUGCCAGUGACCGCGCUCGGCAGUAUGCGAAGGCCAUUCGCGUUCUUUACCGUGGAAUCCAUGGCCCGUUGCUGACCAGCGGAUUGAGCAGCACGCUGAUGUUUGGGAGUUGGCGAUACUUCAAGGAUCAGCUCUCCGUGGUGCCUGCAUUCGAUCCCGCCAACUGCGCUGACCCCCUAACGGCAACCCGGCAGACCGUGCUAAUCGACUUUGUGGCGGGGUGCGGGAGCGGCUGGGUCAAUGCGAUCCUCAUGUUUCCAGUGGUGUGCGUGAAGCUGCGGGCGCAGGUGACGCCCGCGAGCGCGGUACCAACCUCGUUCUUCCGGUCGGUGCGUGAUGUUCUCCCCUGGAUGAGACAGCCGUUGACGCUACUCCGCCUCGGCUAUUUACCGCACUUGAUCCAAGAGGGGAUUGGUCGCGGCUUCUACAUGGCAACGUUCACCUACUUGUCGGGCCAAUGCAGCCGCGCGGACGAGGCGGACGGGUGGCCGCGCCCCCUGGCCGGCGCCGCCGCGGGGAUUGCGGGCUGGACAGCCACCUACCCCUGUGACGUCAUCCGCAGUCGCAUGCAGCGGGACUUCCAUCAGCAUGGGCAGCUGCCGCACCAGGCCAAACUGCAAUCCAGCUGGAUCAAGUACGCUCGUCAGAUCCACCGCAAAGAAGGGCUUUCCGGUUUAUAUCGGGGCUUAUCUUUUUGCAUCCUGCGGGCUGCGCCCGUCGCAUGUUUCACUCUUCCCGCAUAUGACAUGUGUUUCAACUUGCUGCAUGAUAUGAACCGCCAAUAGAAGUAGACCGCGCCACGGCCACCGGGGACGACGAGUUCUGGCGACGCCUGAUUGGUUCUCUCUUCAUCUGCUCCACUCCGGAGUCGUACCGUCAAGCGACGCUUCUGGUCCGCUAGUCGAUUGGCUCUCACGGCGCAGAACAAAAAAUAAGUAUGUACUUCUCGGUAGAUAGCAUAAUUUUUGUUUCGAAGGCUUCACCAUUA